UUAAGAAAGCCUAUUUAAAAAGGAAAGCGAUGAUUCCAGCGCUCCUGACUCCGUAACCCUGCUGAGAAGAACCCACGCAGCUUUCCUCUCCGGCCGUAGCGUCCCCACAAUCUGGAUCGGCAUAAAUGAAUGAACCACAAGGGAAUAUCGCCAAACGAUCGCAACCUGGAAACUCUCCCUUGUCAAACAAGACAACCAGGAGGAUUCUGUGUCGAGCUUAACAUGCAGCUCAGCAUGAUUUUUGACGUCUGGAGCUUCACCUCAAGGUCGUCAAAUGCGUAAAACGGCGAGCGGUGUUUUCUGCCCCCAUCGCAAAGGAGUCACGCUGUGAUUAACGGAUCAGGUUUUUGACUGGCAGGACAAAUGAAUACAAAUGAAUUUAGGCACCCGAAGGAGAGAUUGCAGAACCUCUCAUCUAGAUACAAAGAGAGCCCUAUUGCUCUGUACAGUUUUAUAUUGUACUUGUUACCUGGGACUUACACAAAUACACUCUGAAGAUGUUGAUAUCCUCCAAAAGUUGGGGCUUAAGGGACAGAAGCCAUCACCAGAAGGGGUCAUUCCAUUCAGAGCAGGGAUCAUCCUCAACCAGAGGGCGCAUAUUGAGGCCCAGUUUCACUCAGUCCUUCCAGCGGCCGUCUGGCCCAACUUGGCACUGGUCCUGAGUAUUCGCUCACACCGUGUCAACAGCGCUUUCCUCUUCACUCUGCUUUCAAGCAACAAGAAACUCCUCCUUGGUCUGCAGCUUGUACGAGGCAGUCUUGUCCUACACACAGGACCAAGCACCUCAGUGACACUGCCCUAUGAGCCCCACGAUGGCCAGUGGCACCAGUUGGCACUGGGCAUUAAUGGAAAGACAGUGACUCUAUAUGCCUCCUGCGGAGAGCAGAGUGUCCAGGCAGAUUUUGCCUGGGACAGUGAGGAAGGACUGGCUCCAGAGCUCAAGGGUUCCUUCCUACUGGGGAGGUCAAGCCAGCACCAAGCAUCAGGAUACUUUGAAGGAGCAAUUUGCCAGUUUGAUCUGGUCCCUUCUGCGCAGGCAGCUCACAACUACUGCAAAUACAUUAAGAAACAAUGCAGGGAAGCUGACACUUAUAGGUCUAACCUUUCUCCUUUACUGCCUAUUCUACCGAAAGUAACAAACAUUUCAGCUACUUCUGUUACCCCCAAGCGCGGUGCUCCAGAAACUGCUAAGAAGACCACAGGGUUGAGCCUUGCCAGGAAUGUUGCUGCUGCUGCCUCAGCUGUCAGGUACGUAGCCCCCACCCAUACAAAAAAGCCAAAUCAGAUCGUUAUCCCCUUUUCUCAGCUAAUAACUGUAACGCCAGCCACAUCCCAAUUGGGUUUGGUUGUCCCUUCUUCCAUGACCAAGACUGAAACUGUAACAGCACCACUCAGGACACCACCGCCGCACACAAAAUCACCAACCCCAAGUUUGAAAGCAUUAAAUCACAAAAAUGCUAAGCCCACAACACCAAAGCCCACUCCUGAAAAAAACUUAAAAAAGAACAUCACAAGAACAGGCAAGAAGAAAGUUACCACUCCAGCCACUUUUACAACCAAAUCUCCAAAGACCAAACCUGACACUGUUUUACAAGACCAAGCUGAAGUCCCGAACAAACCACAACCCACAUCAGCCAAGAAUAUACUCCCAGAGAUUAAAGUUUCUCCAUCCAAAGUCACAUUGCCGAGAUCUAAAUCAAAUCCUGUCAAAGUCAACCCUUCUAAAUCAACACUACCCAAAGCAAAACCCUCAAAAUCAACAAGCCCCAAAACUACAACCGCUAUCCUCUCAAAGCCAACUUCCAAACAGACUACCAAGCCAACAAAGAAACCCAAAACCACCAAGGUUCCAGUCGCUCCACGACCUACCAAGCCUACAUACAACACAGUAACCCCACCUGCAACUGAUGGUUUCCUGAGCUGGGAGGUGCCGCCGACGCAGUUCUCAAUGCUGGCGGGACCCAAGGGACAGAAAGGAGACCCAGGCCCACCGGGACUACAGGGACCUCCAGGGAAACCAGGCCUGCCAGGCAAGAAGGGUCCUCGGGGUGCCCCUGGUCCCCAUGGGAAUCCUGGCCGACCUGGUCCACCCGGGCUUAAGGGGAAAAAAGGAGAUCCAGGCAGUUCACCUGGAUUAGCACCUAAAGGAGAGAAGGGAGACUCAGGGAUUAUUGGCCCAGUUGGACAACCUGGUCAAGAAGGUCGAAAGGGACUGAAAGGUUAUCCCGGUCCACCUGGACUUCCUGGAGAGCCUGGAGAACAGGGUCCAGUCGGAAGCCCAGGUGCCAAAGGUUAUCCUGGCAGGCAGGGUUUACCAGGACCUAUUGGACCAAAAGGGCUAAAAGGCAUUCGGGGUUUCAUUGGAAUCCCAGGCCUUUUUGGCCUUCCUGGCCCUGAUGGCGAAAGAGGAAUUCCGGGUGAACCAGGGAAGAGGGGCAAGAUGGGUAGGCCGGGGUUUCCAGGAGACUUUGGGGAGAGAGGGCCACCUGGACCAGAUGGAGACCCAGGUGACAUGGGAGCCCCAGGUCCAAACGGAGUCCCCGGACUAAUUGGUGACAUGGGACCUGUGGGAGAAAUGGGCCCUCCUGGACCUGCUGGACUCAAAGGGGUACCUGGAAAUCCUGGAGAACCAGGACUGAAAGGUGAUAAGGGAGACAUUGGGAUUCCUGGGGAGCAGGGGGACAUUGGGUACAAAGGAGAUAAGGGUAUCCAAGGAGCUCCAGGUUUACCGGGUCUCCGUGGGAAACCAGGACCACAGGGAAAAGUAGGAGAGAAAGGUCCUGAUGGAGCACCUGGACCGCCAGGCCCUGAGGGUUUCCCUGGUGACAUGGGACCACCGGGAGAGAACGGCCUUGAAGGACUAAAGGGAAAACUAGGAGACAGAGGUUUACCCGGGCCCCGAGGGAUACCUGGCCUGGAGGGAGACGAGGGUCUGAUCGGGCCACUGGGACCAUCAGGGCUUGAGGGUAGAAUGGGAAGAAAAGGAUUUCCUGGGAAGGUUGGCCCGGAGGGAGUGAAGGGAGAGGCUGGUAUCCCAGGAAAAGUUGGGCCCAUGGGAGAAAGAGGCUUGGUGGGUUUCAUCGGACCUGCGGGAGAGGCAGGGCUGGCAGGAGAGAAGGGAGAUCGAGGGGAGAUGGGCCUUCCCGGACCUCCUGGGGUAAAAGGAUCAACGGGUCACCAAGGUACACCAGGUGAGACUGGACCUCCUGGACCACCAGGAAGAAAAGGCCCUCCUGGAGCAAGUGGGCCAGGCGGUACCAGAGGACCCAAAGGCUUGCGGGGAGCAACGGGGCCUGACGGUCCAACAGGAGAGGUGGGGUCAGAGGGCAAGAAGGGUCCUGAUGGUCCUCCAGGAAAAAUAGGUUUCCCAGGAUCACAGGGAAAGAUCGGAGAGCCUGGAGAAACUGGGCCUAAAGGUUUUUCUGGAAUCCAAGGGCCUUCUGGACCUCAAGGAGACAAGGGAAUAGCUGGAGACCCUGGACCACCUGGACCACCUGGGACUGUGGGAUUGUUAGGAGAAAUUGGUCCAAAGGGUCCUGAUGGCAAAGAGGGUGAACUAGGACUUCCAGGCGAGCCUGGGGAGAAGGGGGCCAUUGGACCACCAGGUAACAUUGGCGAGCAAGGACUGAUAGGACAGAGGGGAGAGCCAGGCCUAGAGGGAGAAGCUGGUCCAGCUGGUCCUGAUGGAGCAAAGGGUGAAAAAGGUGACAUGGGUCAGGAGGGUGACAAAGGCGAAAAAGGUGAAAUUGGACUAAAGGGAAAGGAAGGUCCACCUGGUAGUCCUGGACUCACUGGUGUUAGGGGGUCAGAAGGGAAGCCUGGUAAAAUUGGUGAACGAGGCAAACCAGGGCCAAAGGGUGCUAAGGGCCACCUGGGUCACCUUGGAGAAACUGGAACAGUGGGUGAUACUGGUCCGCCAGGAUUUGUUGGGCCAAAGGGCUCCAGAGGGACUAUAGGACAUGUGGGAGCUCUGGGCCGGAUGGGUCAACAAGGCGAAACUGGUCUUCCAGGUUAUGAGGGCCAUCUGGGACCACAGGGCCCCAUGGGGCCUCCAGGACCAAAAGGUGAAAAGGGUGAGCAUGGUGAUGAUGGGAAGCAAGAAGGUCCUCCUGGUCCUCCAGGUCUCAUAGGACGUCCAGGUGACAGAGGAGAGAGGGGUGAAUCAGGAGACCCAGGGUACAAAGGUCAAAUUGGUUUAGAUGGAGAACGAGGCAGACCUGGAGCUCCUGGACAACCAGGCCACCCUGGACCACAUGGACAAAAAGGACCUAAAGGGGCCAAAGGAGAUCAAGGUCAAAAAGGCAAAAAAGGACAGCCUGGACAAAAAGGAGCCAGAGGAAUUGAGGGUGGGGGUGGUCCUCCUGGUCCCAGAGGUGUGGUGGGUCCAGAGGGGCGUGAAGGUGUACCCGGGGAGGAUGGAGUCCCAGGAAAAGAUGGACGUAAAGGCAUGCUGGGAGACCACGGUGAUGAUGGGGCAGUAGGGCUUCCUGGUAAACCGGGGGGACGUGGUAAAACUGGCGUUCCAGGACUCCCAGGAAAUCAGGGAGGCAUAGGACCAAAGGGUGAGCAAGGUCUUCGAGGCCAGAGUGGACCAUCGGGAAAAAGAGGUUUUAAAGGUGGAAUGGGUCUACCGGGGCCACAGGGAGACAGAGGACCUAAAGGACAACCUGGACAUACAGGAGAACAAGGUUUUCCAGGAAUACUUGGAGUUUUUGGACCAAAGGGGCCUCCAGGAGACUUUGGGCCAAAGGGCAUACGGGGGUCAAAGGGGCCUCAGGGUGAAAUGGGCAGAAGAGGACUUGUUGGCCCUGUUGGAAUUAUUGGUCCCAAUGGAAGUGCAGGUCCUAGAGGACAAAAGGGCAACCAUGGAGAGAACGGAGUUCAAGGUCCUAGGGGAUCUCCUGGACCUCGUGGACGCCCUGGACCUCCAGGACCUCCUGGAAUUCCUACUUCAUUUAAAGAAGAUGGCAUUUUGUUUGUUGAUUCACCUACUCCUGUCAGGACUGAGCAUAAACCAGCGAUGGACCUGCCAAUGCUUGACCAGGGAGCAGAGAUCUUCAAGACCCUCCACUACCUCAGUAACUUGAUCCAGAGCCUGAAGAACCCAUUGGGCACACGGGACAACCCCGCCCGCAUCUGCAGGGACCUUCACAGUUGUGAACAGAAGUUAAAUGAUGGCACUUAUUGGAUUGACCCCAAUCUUGGUUGCUCAUCUGAUACAAUAGAAGUCUCCUGCAACUUUACUGGUGGUGGACAAACUUGCCUUAAACCAAUAACAGUAUCCAAGCCCACAGUUGAGGUUGGCCGUGUCCAAAUGAACUUCCUGCACCUCCUAACCUCAGAGGCUAUUCAGCACAUCACCAUCCACUGUCUGAACGUUUCAAUUUGGAGAUCAGCCGAGGAUCAGAUCCCUGACCGUCGGUCUGUGAGAUUUAAGGCCUGGACCGGGGAGGUGUUUGAAGAGGGAGGGGAGCUCGAGCCAGAUGUUUUGGAGGACUCCUGCUGGAUAAAAGAUGGGCGCUGGCACCAGACCCAUUUUGUGUUCCGUUCCCUGGAUCCCACCCUGCUUCCUGUGAUUGACAUUUACAACCUGCCAAAAACAAGCUCUGCUUCACAUUACCACCUGGAGAUAGGUCCGGUUUGCUUUCUUUGAAGGUCACAGGUCUUCUGAGCACAAAGGGAUGGACGAUCUCCCCUGCGAAUCAUCUUAAUGCAGACACAGGCACCAGAAUGGUCAUGUAAUUGUGGCCAAACACCAUCCAAGGGAGAGAAACUCAGUGCCUCUCCCCGCCUAUAACAGAUACUGCUCCACAACCAAACUCCCAUUGGACUGCAAACAGAAAAAGGGAGGAAGCGAGCAAGGCGGCGGAAUUACAGGAGCAGGGGAGUUCAUGUACUAAUCGCUUCUCAGAGCAGCAAAGGAUUUCUCAAGUUCUUUCAAAAGGAUCUCCACGUGGAUGCCUGCUAAAAGAAAAAAGACCAUGCAAUGUCUCCAGGACAUUUUGAUGUGAAAGGAGGCCAAGUUCAGCAAUGGAUAUUUGAAGUAACUUAUUUUCACAACUGUAUACAGGCUGUAUACUUUGUGUAAUAUUCAGAUUUUGUCAUAACAUCUAAAGUAAUUGGGAAUGUGUAAAUAUAGAUAUAUAUAUAUGCUACAUUAUUGAUUUUAUACAUGUAUAUCUUCUGUAAAUUAAUAACCUUUAAGUGCAAUAGAUAAACGUAAAUAAAUAUUUUGGAGCGUAGAGUUUAAAACCGGAUUCUUAAGUACACUGUGCGAAAAGGCAAAUAACGUUUUUUUCUCACGGUCUGACAUCAAAUUAUACUAAACCUGUUUCCUCUUUUUGCUCAGUUAGGAUGACCAAAAUGAUUUGUAUUUGGUAAAUGAAAGAACAAGAAGAGAGGUUUUAGAGAAUUUUUAUUGACCUUGGUUAAAUUCAGGAGCUUGUAUAGGAUUACUGUGGAAAGUACAUUAUGUCAAACUCUUGUAACAACAUCUCAAAACAUCAGCCAAGAAGUUAAAGCUUGCCUGCAGUUUACCAAAUGGACAAUUACCAUGUUUUAGAGUGGCCAUCGCAAAGCCGUGAUCUCAGACCCAAAGAAAGUUUGCUGGCAGAUAUGAAAAGAUGUAUGUGAGCAAGGCAGUCAACAAGUCUGAGUCAGUUAUACCAGUUCUGUCGAGUGAAAAUGGGUGAAAAUUACAGCAAAACAUGAUCAGAAGAUUUAUAUAUAUAUAGUUAGAUGCAAAUAUAGUUUGGUGAUUCUAACCUAAAACAGGAAACUUUCGGUCAGAUUUAAUGGCAGACAAUGAAGAGGAAAUGUGUUGUCUUUUUAUACAAUGUAUGUAAUUAUCUGGUUUAAGCUGUAUAUGGAAGGAAGAGGUACCAUUUUACUUGCCUUUGGUGCUCAUAUGCUCAUGAUCUUUCACAGAUGAAUUAAUCCAGAAGCAUAAGUCAUAUUUUUAUGUACUCUGAAUGGGAGAUUUCAAUUUUCUUCUUGCUGUGACAAAAACAGUGGCCGCAAGCCAAAGCCAUUUUCAACAAGUAAAUCGUUAUGUUUGACACGGACGCCACUGAUGACUGGGAGGAGUAUAGAUGUCAGACUGAAGAACAGGAAGACAGAGCUCAAGUUCUCAGUAGUGUUUUAACAAAUCUUCUCUAACUGUGGACUGUAGGUUUAGGUUCUUGCUUCCUUAUUUACAAAUGAAAACAGACACGCUCAGCACCAUCUAAACUUUUAAAAUAAAAAAACUACAGCUAGAGGCUGUUCUUAAAAGUGGAUAUGAGCCACAGAAGAUUAAAGAGCGGUUACAGGAAUCAAAGCAAGACCUCUAAUGCAUGGUGCUAAGAAUAUUUUCUAAGGUGCUAAUGAUAGUGCUGGUAUACACCACUUUGCUGAAUUAUUCAAACGCUUAUAGUGCAUGCAGGCUUUGCUUAAUAAAAAAGUUCAUAUGCAAUUUUCCCAUUCCAUUCCUCUGCACUACAACCCCAUCCCAACCCAUUUAUCAUGACAGAAUUUUCCAAUUAUAUUUUAUUUCCACUCUGCAGUUGAAGAAAUGCUAAGUAUAAGCAUUUUUUAUACACAAUAUUUCUGCGCUUACAUCCAGCAUAAGUCGCAGGGUUUACUUUCAUGUACAAAGUCCCGCUGAGCUGUAUGUAAUAUUUUUAGCAUCUAGUAGAUUGUUUAUAAGAAGAAAAACAAUAAUUGUAGCUGGAAACAAGGGUGUAUAAUUUUGUAAACCUUAAUGUAUACAGUGGAUCCCCUCUUGCUAAUUUAAUGUUAUUUAAUGUUAAUGUGGUGGCAGACUGCGCAAAUUUCUCUUAGUUAAAGCAAAUCUACUCUUAUUGACAAUGUUAUAUAUCCAUGCUCCCAACUGGUCUUGGAGUUUAGAGAUUUUUUAAUGUGUAAAUUUGGGGCUCCAGAGAACAAAUUUAUUACAAUAUUAUUUCUUUUAUUUUUCUAAAUUUUUCAUUGUUUUUAUUUCUUUUAUGAUAACCAACCAUGUACUGUAUGAGAACUGUGCUCUUCUAUAACUUGUUUUUAAAGAAUUAUGCAAAUAUGUGAAAAUGGUUUCUACUUUUUGUAAAUCUUUCCUUCAAAUGAGCUAAGAAUACCUCAUAAUUUUACAUGAGCAAAGAUUUUCUAUUGCAUAUAUAGUCAAAACCUGUCCAAAAAAUAUCAGCCAAAUGCAGCAAGUCAUCAAACUUUGAAUGAGAUCAUUUCUGGUGCAUUCAUCUUUUUAUCUGUCUGCUCUUUAGUUAUUGUUCAGUGACAGUUUGUUCAAUAAAUACUUUAAAUUUG